AUGGCGCCAAAGCUGCGGGUACUCAUAUCGAGCAACGGACGGUACCUCGACAACCCCUCCGGCGACGACAUCCUCUUCGGCAACGUGUUCGAGCACCCCGUGCGCGACUCGCUGCCGUGGGGCACGUCGAUCGCGACCAAGUUCAUGUACUUUGUCGACCCGACGCUCGAGCUCGACCUGUAUGCCGACAAGCCGUGGGCGCUCAGCCCGGCCAUCAGCACGAUGAACCACCUGGGCCUGGCGCCGACGGGCUCCUCGGCCAUGCCUGAGCCUGGCGGAUCCCCAGCCUUCGUGGACGAGGACGCGCUGGCUGUCGUGCCGGGACAGGAGGGGUUCACGGCCGAGGUGUCCAAGCGGCGCAAGCACUUUGGCGGGACGGAGCAGCGCGCUGCUGUGUCACUGGGUGAUCAGCACGUCGCGAUGGAGUUCGGGAACGGGAUAUUAGACUUCAACACCCUCUCCGUCACCCUUCCCCGGCCGUUCGCACUGUCAAUCAACCUCCUCAAGUACUGGGACGGCCAGCCCGUGACGUACGUGUGCAGGCGGCGUGUCGCGCCCGGCGAGGACCCCGUGUCGCCGUUCGGCGUGUACUGGGCCGUGGCGUUUGAGAUUGUCGACGAGGAGGCCAAAGCCGAGCUCGCCAAGCGCGGGGGCAAGGUCAAGGGUUACUUGACGCACGACUCGAUGAACGCGCGCAAGGCGCACAACACGGGUCGUAACCACGUCGUCAACGUGCGCGACUACUUUGCCAACCUCGGCACCGACCGCGCGCAGAACAUGAUCGACCAGAUUGUCUACUCGCACGAGGGGAGCGCGACGGGCGGUAAUGGUCGCGCGAUGUUCGCGGCGCCGUCUAUGCGCCUCGGCGCGGGCUUCAUGAACCCCAUGGCGGCGGGCACGGCGCCCUCGGGAUUCCCCCCCAACGGUCCCCCCUUCCCACCGCAGGGAGCGCGCCCACCGUUCCCCCCGCCCGGAGGCGGACCCCCCUUCCCCCCGCCCGGACAGAUGCCGCCGUUCGCGCCGCAGGGCGGUGCUGUGCCCCCCUUCCCUCCGCCCGGCGGUGUGCGGCCCCCAUUCCCUCCCCAGCACGGCGGGCCAGGCGGACCAGGAGCCAACCGCGGCCCGCCCCCACACUUCACGCCGGCCGCUGGCCCGCCCCAGGGCGGCAACCCCGGCAUCCACCCAGACCGCAUGCGCAUGGUCGGCAACUAG